GAACUCCGCGCCAUCGCCGCCGUCCUCCGCCGCCGAGGCCCCUGCAGCCUCCUCGUCUUCGGCCUCGGCCCCGAAAGCCUCCUCUGGCGCUCGCUCAACCACGGCGGCCGUACCGUCUUCAUCGACGAGAACCAGUACUAUAUCGCCCAUUACGAGGAGCGCCAUCCAGGCCUCGAGGGGUAUGACGUGGCGUAUACGACAAAGGUAAGUGAGCUCGGUGAAUUGCUCUCCGCCGCGCGGAAGCAGGUCGGCGGGGAGUGU